AUGUCAGAGUUUAAAUAUUUAUGUUUUCAGUUUGACUUGAAGGGUCGAAAGAUAGGUGCUUUGAAGAGAGUUGCAAACCACAAUAAUAAUAAUAACAAUAAAGUUCAGUCAACACCAACAACAAAAACAACAGUAGACCUAACAACAAACAACAAUGGGAGAUUAGAGACAACUCUUCCUGUUAUUGUUCAACACCAAAUAAGUGAUACAGAUCCACCUCUAGAGGAUGAAGGAAAUGUUGUCAAUCUUUUAUCACCUGUUCAAAUUAUUGGAUUGUCAACAACAACAACCACAACAACAACAUCAUGA